CUUCCAUGGCUAUCUUCAACGUUAGCUGGAGGUCGCCGGCUAACCAACUAUUUAAAUGGUUUUGCAGUCGUGUACCGUUUUUGUCAUUUGAGGGACCUGGACUCCAUUAAUCCAUGAUCCAUAAGGACAUACUGGAGUAAUUUGGAUCUGCUCAUGAGACCUGUACCACUUGUUUUCUUGGAGUGGAUAGUCUGAGACGGAGAACGGGUCUUCUAUGUUCUCCUGAUCCUCUCCUUGCCUGCAGCCCAACAGUUGGACAGUGAGCAAGUGGUACCAGCUUGGAGAGUCCCGGCUACAGCCUGGCAUCCUGCCCUUAUGGGGCAGCAGCCGGGUAAGUUUGUAGGGGACCAGAGGAGACCCAGUUUUCAUGCCUUCAUCAAGGGGGGGAAGAGGGAGUCAUCACGUCAUGUGAGCCAGCCCUGGAAUGUUUUUGAUCGGCAUGAAGCUCUCCAGAGACCAGACUUUGAGGGUCAGGGUCUGUCGGAAGCAGCACGCUGGAACUCCAAGGAGAACCUGUUAGCGGGACCCAGUGAGAAUGACCCCAACCUGUUCGUCGCACUCUAUGACUUUGUGGCAAGCGGUGACAACACACUAAGCAUCACUAAAGGGGAGAAGUUGCGCGUGCUUGGUUACAACCACAACGGUGAGUGGUGCGAGGCGCAGACCAAGAAUGGCCAGGGAUGGGUGCCGUCCAACUACAUUACUCCAGUCAACAGCCUGGAGAAGCACAGCUGGUACCAUGGGCCCGUGUCGCGCAACGCUGCGGAGUACCUGCUCAGCUCGGGAAUCAACGGAAGCUUUCUGGUCCGAGAGAGCGAGAGCAGCCCCGGACAGAGGUCCAUUUCUCUGCGUUACGAGGGGAGAGUGUACCAUUACAGGAUUAACACUGCAUCAGACGGCAAGCUGUACGUCUCAUCAGAGAGCCGUUUCACCACAUUGGCAGAACUCGUGCACCACCACUCCACCGUGCAGGACGGCCUCAUCACCACGCUGCACUAUCCAGCGACAAAACGCAACAAGCCCACCAUCUAUGGAGUUUCUCCCAACUACGACAAGUGGGAGAUGGAGCGCACUGACAUCACUAUGAGGCACAAACUGGGAGGGGGCCAGUAUGGGGAGGUGUACGAAGGCGUCUGGAAAAAGUACAACCUCACUGUGGCUGUCAAAACACUUAAGGAAGACACAAUGGAGGUGGAGGAGUUUCUUAAAGAGGCUGCUGUUAUGAAAGAGAUCAAACACCCCAACCUGGUGCAGCUGUUGGGUGUUUGCACACGGGAGCCGCCGUUCUACAUCAUCACAGAGUUCAUGACCCACGGUAACCUGCUGGACUACCUGAGGGAGUGCAACAGAGAGGACGUCAACGCCGUGGUGCUGCUGUACAUGGCCACACAAAUCUCUUCAGCCAUGGAGUACCUGGAGAAAAAAAACUUUAUACACAGGGACUUGGCUGCUCGUAACUGUUUGGUUGGGGAGAACCACCUGGUGAAAGUUGCAGAUUUUGGCCUGAGCAGGUUAAUGACUGGAGAUACGUACACGGCUCACGCUGGUGCCAAGUUCCCCAUUAAAUGGACUGCUCCAGAGAGUCUGGCUUACAACACAUUUUCUAUCAAGUCUGAUGUCUGGGCAUUUGGUGUACUGUUGUGGGAAAUUGCCACUUAUGGUAUGUCUCCUUACCCCGGCAUUGACCUGUCCCAGGUCUAUGAGCUGCUGCAAAGAGACUACCGCAUGGAACGACCAGAAGGCUGUCCAGAGAAGGUCUACGAGCUAAUGACAGCCUGUUGGAGGUGGAACCCAGCUGAACGCCCGACAUUUGCUGAAACACAUCAAGCAUUUGAGACUAUGUUUCAGGAGUCCAGCAUCUCUGAUGAGGUUGAGAAGGAGUUGGGGAAGAAGGGUAAAAAGACCACGUUAGGCCCCAUUCAGCAGGCUCCACAGCUGCCCACCAAGACCAGACCUUCCCGCAGAAACAUGGAAAGCCGGGACAGAGACAGUCCAGACCCAGUGGAUCCAGAGGUGGCUGUAUCAUCGCCAAUGCUUCCUCGGAAAGAGCGCCCCCUGAUGGACAACAACCUAAAUGAAGAUGACCGUUUGCUGCCCAGAGACAAGGACAAGACACGUGGCAGCGGUUUCCUCAGUCUCAUCAAGAAAAAGAAAAAGAGCGCACCUGAGCCACCCAAACGCAGCUCUUCUUUCAGAGACGAGGUUCACUCCGACAGAAGGGUUGUGACUCCUGAUCCUCGAGACGGUGAUAAUUUCAACAAUGGUGCACCCUUGUCUCUAAACGACAUCACACAUGGCACUGACUUGUCAAAGUUCUUGAGUACGACCAAUAAUGGAGCUGGUGGUAUUUCCAGUGGGGGUCCAAACUACCCUGGACCUUUGUUUUUUCGAAAGAAAGGGUCUCCUGCGGUGCCUGGUCCAGGAGGUAAGGUGGCCACAACACCACCCAGCGAAGAGGAAUCUUUUUCCAAUUCAAGCCGCUUCCUCUGGUCCAGUAACAUGACUAAUGGUACCGAGUGGAAAUCUGUCACACUGCCAAGAGAUCCGGGCCAUCGCCACUUUGAUUCAAGCACCUUGACAGGCAAACCAGCGCUGCCACGCAAGAGGACCAAUGAGCAGAAAGGAGAGACGGCCCCUCGAAAAGGUACCCUGACUCCCCCACCACGCCUGAACACACCACCUGAUCCUUCCUCUUCCUUCUUGGGAAAAGAUACAGAUCCCAGUCCAGGUUCCAGUCCAAAAGCACUGACACCCAAGGUGGUGAAGAGGCCAGGUGUGCCAGGUUUGGAGAACUCAAAGACCAGUGCUCUCCAUGCAGAGCUUCUGAAGCCCAACGUUUUUCCUGCUUUGGGAGCAGCUGGUGACGAGUGUAGGGCCCGCAGAAACAAGCACACGAUAGAUCCCUUAUCUGUCAGAGAAAAAGGAAAGUUACAGAAACCCAAACCAGCCCCACCUCCACCGCCCACUGGUCCUAAAACAAGCAAGAUGUCCCGUAGCCCCACUCAAGAACUCCCCUCCCCCUCAUCUUCCCCUUCAGAUAUCAAACUCAAGUGCCUUCCUUCGAUUUCAGAUCCCCGCCAUACUGCAGCUGCUAGUGACCAAGCCCGCUCACCAGUCACUGAGGGAUCCAAAAAGGUUCCCCUAGGCGGCUCCUCUAAACCUCAGCCACUAAAAUCCCCCACCUCACCCACUUCAGCAACCACUUUUCCUUCUACCCAGAACCAGGGAGGCUCAGCUGUAACCACACCCACUGAUCAAAGCUCAAUUGCGUUCACCCCUCUAGCUAAAACUCGAAUUUCUCUACGCAAAACGACACCCCGCCAAGCCUCUGAGCGCACCCCGAACUCGGCCGUGACACGCGAGAUGGUGCUGGAAGGAGCCGAGCUGCUCCGCAAAGCGAUUUCUCGCAUUUCCGAGCAAACGGGUAGCCACAGCAGCGUGCUGGAGGCCGGCAAGAAUCUGUCCAAGUACUGUGUGAGCUUUGUUGACUCAAUUCAGCAGAUGAACAAGUUUGCCUUUCGAGAGGCCAUCAACAAACUCGAGAGCAGCUUGCGCGAGCUUCAGAUCUGCCCCACUGCCACAGGGGGCUCCAAUGCACAGCAAGACUUCAGCAAGCUGCUGUCCUCUGUCAAAGAGAUCAGUGACAUCGUUCAGAGGUAGCGCAAUA